AUGCCGAAAACGGAAUCACUGACACUGCCAUUGGCAGCAGCUUUGGUGACGUUGACUGUGCGGUGGCUCACCUACAACUUUAGGGAUUUCCUUCCUCUUCCGUAUCAUUUUGGCAUCACGACACCCAAUACCGCCGCUGAAACAUGGAAGGAGGCAGUCUUCUGGAAACAGCGGUUUGGUGCUGUACCGGAGUAUCUUCUUGUCGUGGUUCCCUGGUAUGUAGAGCACAUCCCGCUCUUGCCAUCUGCGAUGUAUGUGAGCAUCUUGUGCGUUUGUGAUGCGUUGACUGUGUUCCUUGUUAGUCAGUGGCCGUCGGCCAUCCCACAGCUUGUUUUUACUCUAUUUGUGUUAAACCCGGCCAUGAUUUUAUUACCGGCCCUGGAAUCCUUGGCACCCGUGGAGCAUCUUAUUCUCACUGUCGUGAUUGAAUGCUGUCGAAGGCCACGAAUCCGCGGUGGGCUUAUUUAUGUUGCUCGAAUUCUUGCGCCGGUGUUGGGUUUUUCUUUUAUUGCCGUCACGGUAGCGCUGUGGUUUCCCGUCGGAACCACAAGCUCAAAAGUUGCUAUUAUUGGGGUGAUUCUAGGUGAGUUGGCCAUUGGUGGAUUUUCUCUGCUAUACCUUUUCCAGUGGCGGAAUAUGAGCACUCGAACAUCCCUUUACGCCCCACCCGACAAUGGGGUGAUGUGGUACGUGCGCCUUCUCAUUAUUCCCGUCUUUGAGCGCUGUAUGGAGGUGCUUCAAAUUCAACUGCCCGCGAUGCUGACAGUACUAGUCGCGGUUGCAUUACCCACCGAGGUGCUGGCGACGAGUUUGGAGUACGCAAGCUCC